AUGGAACCCCAACCUCAACCAAUUUCACCUCCGAUGGACGCUCCCGACGAUCUCUCCUCCGUUUGGGACCUUAGCUACCUCCUCGACUUCAAUCUCGACGACGACGCCUCACUUCCCUUAAACCUCCACAACGAACCUCCACUCCCCCCUCCAAUUCCAAACCCUAAUCCUCCGGAGAAUGACAAGAUCCGAAAGCGUGACCCGAGACUUACUUGCUCCAACUUUCUCGCGGGUCAUGUACCUUGUGCAUGCCCCGAACUCGAUGCGCUGCUUGAAGAUAACGGUUUACCAGGCAAGAAACGCGCUCGAGCUGUACGUGCGUCUGCAUCGGCGCGUUGUCAAGUUCCUGGUUGUGAAGUUGAUAUCUCUGAACUUAAAGGCUAUCAUCGACGUCAUAGGGUUUGUUUGCGAUGCGCUAAUGCUGUUACUGUUCUUAUUGAUGGUGAGGCGAAAAGAUACUGUCAGCAGUGUGGAAAGUUUCAUGUUUUACCGGAUUUUGACGAAGGGAAAAGGAGCUGUAGAAGGAAAUUGGAGCGUCAUAAUACUAGGAGGCGGAGAAAGCCUGCAGAUUCUGUAGUAGCAGCUGAUCAUGAAGUUCAAACUGUUACUCAGAAUGAUGAUUCCAAUUGUGAUGGAGAAGCAGGCUUAGAUUAUUCGAAUUUCAGUAGUGAAAAUGUUGAAAAAAGAGUGUCUCUGGAUCAUGAAGAAGAACCGGUUAUUGUUGGGUCCUCAACUCCAGAGACCCAGAAUGUUAAUGGGGAGAGUGGUGUGUCGUUUGUUGCUUCUGCUGAAACCCAAGCUAAUAUUGGAAAUGAUGUUUCCAAUCUUUCCAAAUCGCCUUCAUAUGGUGACAAUAAGAAUGAUUAUUCAUCUAUGUGCCAAACAGGUCGGGUUUCUUUUAAGCUUUACGAUUGGAAUCCUGCAGAGUUUCCUAGAAGGCUACGGCUCCAAAUAUUUCAAUGGUUGUCAAGUAUGCCUGUGGAGCUAGAGGGAUAUAUCCGCCCUGGGUGUACAAUCCUGACAAUAUUUAUUGCAAUGCCAAAUAUUAUGUGGAUAAAUUUACUCAAAGACCCUAUGUAUUAUGUGCGUGAUCUUGUUGCUCCCAAAAAGAUGCUAUUUGGAAGAGGCACUGCUCUAAUUCAUCUGAAUGACACGAUCUUCCGUGUUAUGAAAGAUGGAAGUUCUGUGACAAAAGUCGAGGUAAACAUGCAUGCACCUAAGCUUCAUUACAUUCACCCCACAUGCUUUGAAGCAGGAAAACCCAUGGAAUUUUUUGCUUGUGGAAGUAACUUGCUGCAGCCUAAGUUUCGGCUUCUUGUAUCAUUUUAUGGAAAGUAUAUGAAGUACGAGUAUUGCGUUCCGUCUCCACAUAACUGGAGUGAAGACAGUAUUUCUUGUGCUUUUGACAAUCAGUUAUAUAAGAUAUGUGUCCCUCAUAUUGAGGAAAAUCUCAUGGGCCCUGCAUUUAUUGAGGUUGAGAAUGAGUCUGGUUUAUCAAACUUUAUUCCUGUACUUAUUGGGGAUAAAGAAAUUUGCACUGAAAUGAAGAUAUUGCAACAAAAGCAAGAUGUAUCUCUCCUUUCGAAACAAUUUCGGUCGGCAUCUGUUGGUUCUAUUUGUAGCUCAUGCAAAGCUUUUGUACAUAUUCAUACAUCAUCAUCAGACUUGCUUGUAGAUAUAGCAUGGUUACUUAAGGAUCCUACUUCAGAAUUUUUUGACAGAAUGCUUCUGAAGUGCAUGCAUAAUGCCAGAGAUGCUAUUUGUCAGAAAGGUGAAAGUAUAGUUUGGAACUCCAAAAGGGAAGGCUUUAAACCUGCCCAGUGCUGUUCUCAAGACGACAAGUUAUCAGUUGAUGAAGUUAAUAGUCAGGGUAUCCGGUUUAAUACAGAUCCAGAGUUGGGAGUUCUGAGAAGUCUUGCUUUUGAUAAAAAAAACCAUAAGGUACCACUUUUGAAAAGGGAUAUUAUUAUGAAUAUGGAAGACUUGCCUAAUAGACGUGAUCAUCGAAAUCUUACCCGGGGAUUCUUGACAUCUCGACCGACUAUUUUUGUACUUGUUUCGGUUGUUGUUUGUCUAGCUGUAUGUGUAUCCAUCUUUCAUCGUGGAAGGGUUACAGAGUUAGCAGUAUCCAUUAGAAGGUGUUUGUACCAUUAG